AGUAGGCAACCCAUCUGAUAAAAAAAAGGAGAAUAAUACAUGAUUGGGUCACUUAUACCUGCUCUUUUCCAUUAUAAAUCUGUAACAUUCUUCUGUUCAUGAACUUUCAAGAAUGAAAAGAAGCAUCUAAUUUCAUUCUUGAAAGCUCCAUCUCUUCAGCAUUUGUGGUUGAUUUUGUUAUUCUCUUGCAAAGGGUAUCAAUCCAUUGCUAAAAGUAUCAUAAUCCCAGUUUAGAGUAAAAAAAUGUCAUCAACGAUGAGGGAAACAUCGAGAUUAGCCGAGGCCUCGAUCAACGGCAUCGUCCGACGAAUGGUUAAUCUUCCCAGAAGUAUAUUAGAAGGAUUUUCAAGAGUGAUGGGUGGAGGAAGAAGAAGCCAGACACUGCCAUCCAGUUAUCAAUAUCAGAUUCUAGAGCAGGACAUACAAAACGUUCCGGAAGAAUGGUCUUUCCUGACCAGUUUCGAGUAUCAGUAUGGCUCGAUGCAUCCUUUCUUUUACGCUUGUCGAUUUGCAGAAGCCAUGAAGAUAGCAGAAGAUGAUCACAAGUUCUUGUUCUUGUAUCUACAUUCACCAGAUCACCCAUUUACUCCCUCUUUCUGUGAGGAGACACUGCGUUCAGAACUAGUAGUGCAGUUUCUUGAUGCUAACUUCAUCUCUUGGGGAGCACUUGCCAACAGAGGAGAUGGCCUACAAAUGGCUACAACAUUGGGAGCUACCAACUUCCCUUUCUGUGCUGUAAUUGCUCCAGCUCGAGGUGAAAGCAUAACAGUCCUGCAACAGCUUGAAGGGCCAGUUUCUCCAGCUGAGCUGGUGGAGAUUCUACAGAGGACAAUGGAGGAGCAGGGAUCAGCUUUUGGUAGCUCCAAACUAAAGCGAGACGAAAAGAUAAGAGCUGAUCGCAGGCUUCGAGAAGAACAAGACAGAGCAUAUCAUGCAGCUCUUCAAGAAGACAAGGAAAGGGAAAGACUUAAAAAUCGACCUCGGGUGAUACCGAAGAAAGCAUACGAAGAGAGGCUCAAGCAGAAUUCUCCAAAGAAACAUACUUUUACUCAUGAAACUCCAAACAAGGAUCCUGCAAGUAAAGCAAAGGAUUCUCAGCCUAGCUCCCAGAUACUAAUAAGGUUUCCAAACGGUGAAAGGAGGGAGAAAAGCUUUUCAAGCAUGGACAAGGUGAAGUCGAUUUACAGCUAUAUCGACUCGCUUGGCUUGGCAGGUACUGAACACUACAGAUUGAUAGCAAGCUUUCCAAGAAGAGUGUACGGUAUGGAUGAGAUGAAUAUGACACUGAAAGAUGCUGGCCUCCACCCAAGAGCAAGCCUGUUCCUCGAGCGUCAGUGAUGCCAUUUACUUUCAUGAUCACCAUAGCUUGGCAAUGAUAAGACCUGUACUUACUUUCUGUUUAGCAGCUACUUUGUUUGAGAUAAACAAAUCUGAUAUCUUAUGCAGCAUAUACAAGCAAGCCUUAUUGAACCGACUACAAUCCAUAACCACUAUGUUAGAGCAGGAAUUCAUCGAGUUUGACAUUGAGUGACCCCUACGUAUCACUUCAUUCCUUGCAGAUAAUCACGUUUUUUGAACUAUUUCUGAGAGUGAAGACUGUUUCUAUAGAUCAACAAACAUAUUUCAACAUGCUUUAUCCUUGUUCACAUGCUUAAUAAUAAACGUUCUAAAAAGAAGCUUAAUCGUACUAGUUGAGAGAAAAGAAAAGAUGGUUUAUUAUACUACAAGAUUGUUGAAAGGUAAGUGCUUCAACGAAACCUGUGUAACUGGUUGAUGGUGUUAGGGGCAGAAAGUUGCAUAAAGACGCAGCUGGUCAAUCUCCUUUUUCUUUAGCUAAGGGAAACAUUAUCACGAAAUUUUGAUUCCCCAUCACUUUUUUGUAGGAAUGAUUCAAUGGUCUAAGUUUAAAACGGAGAAAAGUGAGGUGAUUGAUAAUCAUAGCUUCGUGACUGUCAAUAGAGGGUACUCAAAACAAAGCUUCAACUUUCGCCACUCCAAGUAGUGGAGGACCAGAACUCAUGGUGGGUGAGAAGUUAUCCCAAAUCAUCUCUACCAAACUCAUAUUGUCACUUCAAAUUUAAACGUCCCUAGCAUAGACUAAGAACCGUUGUUCUUCAUUUUAAUUAAUAUUUCUCAUACAAUAUCGA